AUGGCCUCGCUCUCCGCAAACGCUUUGGUGUUUUUUGCCGUCGCCUGGGCGGCCUGGUGCCUGGCCUCGUUGAGGGCCAACUUGUCGCGGGCGCGAGCAACUGGCCUGCCCUAUGUGAUACUCCCAUGCUCAGUGCUCGGCGCGCCCUGGCUUCUGACCCAGCCCGUGCUGCUCCCUCUCCUGGCAGCUCUUCCUGAAUCGUGGACUGCAAAAUGGCUUCCACUGCUCCUUUUCAACGACGGGUGGCACAAUGGCUAUGAGCCCUUUCAACGUGCCGGGGGAGAUACAUUCCUUGCUGUGUCACCUGGGGGUGUUAUCCUCUAUACCUGUCACGCAGAAGUCUCCUCGCAGCUAUUCCGGGACACUCGACUGGGAAAGCCAGCUCAUUUAAUGAGCCUGUUGAAUAUAUUCGGCCCGACCAUAACAAGCACCGAUGGAGCCGAGUCUCGCUUAUACCGUCGCAUCACAGCUCCCUUUUUCUCCGAGGCAACAAUGCGCGAUGUGUUUGUCGGCACUGUCCAAGGGGGUGGCCAGUUGGCGCAGGUGUUGAGACAGCCGGCCGCCCAUCAUCAUCUACGAGACCUCGCAGCGAAACUUUCGCUUCAUAUUCUCAAUCGCUUCUGCAACCAGGCUGAAACUCUAGAAGAUCUUGCUAUGACCUUGCGGGGUGAUGAUAAACCGCAAGGCACGCAUCGCAUGACCUAUGCUGAAGCUGUAUUUACCUUGCUAGAGAACUAUAUGACUAUAUUUCUCAUUCCAAGCAAGCUUCUACGAUCUUCGCCUUCCCACACCCAUCGUCAAGCAGCAACAGCAUAUGCCGAACUGGGUCGCUAUUUGCAAGAGAUGAAGGGUCAGAAGGAAGCAGAACUCCAGCAAAAAGUACCAGCUUUAUCAAAUAAGCCUGAAAGUAUCCCGGAGCUUCUCGUCCAAUCCGGGCUCCCAGCGAAGGACGGAAGCCCGGCUGUUCUUAGACCGGACCAGGUAAUUGGAAAUAUCUGGGUCUUUGUUCUCGCUGGUCACGAAACAAAUGCCAAUACUCUCACUUUUAUUAUCUUGCUCCUUGCGUGCUACCCCGUCACCCAACGGGCCAUGCAAGCUGACCUCGACCGGAUCCUCGGAGACACCCCACCAGAUCAGUGGACAUAUGAUACCCACUAUAAUCCGUUAAUGAACAGUUUCGUGGGUGCAGUGAUCAACGAGGCCCUACGGCUUUUCACCGUGUUGCCUGUGAUUCCAAAAUAUGUACCUCCGACAGGACCUCCAAUCUCUAUCACCAUCGAUGGCCAUGUCCACCCUUUGCCACCGGACACGGUCGCAUUCGUAAAUACCAGCGCUACCCAUCGACAUCCACAGUACUGGCCGCGUCGGGAAUCCAGUGAAGAUACUACACCUCGCGCGAAGCGACCCUUUGCAGUGUCCGAUUUUAACCCCGAACGGUGGAUUCAAAAGACUGGAGUGGCCAAACAUGGACUGUUGAGCCCACCUCCUGGUACCUUUAUCCCAUUCUCAGAGGGAAGUCGUGGAUGUUUGGGGGAACGGUUUGCCCUAGUCGAGCUGUGUGCCUCGGUAGCAGUUUUGUUCAAAUCAUCGUCGGUGAGACUGCUGACAAGAGGCGAAGAAGGUGGAGAGUAUCCAGAAGGAGAGCUUGCAGAUACUUGGGAGGCAGCGCGGGAUCGGGCGGAGCUUGCGCUGUCCGAGGGUGUGAAAUUCGAUAUGAGUCUGCGAGUGGUGAGGAAUGUACCUGUGCGGUUCGAAGCGCGAGACUCUGUGUCGAGGUAA